AUGUUCCUCACUCACUUCAUUUCUGCUCCUCCCACCAUCUGUGAAUAUAUUUGCCGUGUAUGUCGGUGUGAGGGCACUCCGGACAAACCCCUCUACCACCCAUGUGUCUGCACUGGAAGCAUAAAAUUUAUUCACCAGGAUUGCCUGGUACAAUGGUUAAAAUAUAGUAAGAAAGAAUACUGUGAAUUAUGUAAAUAUAGAUUUGCUUUCACACCAAUUUAUUCCCCUGACAUGCCUAAAAGACUCCCUAUUAAAGAUAUCAUUAGUGGUCUUCUUACUAGUAUUGGGCGUGCUGUCCGGUAUUGGUUUCAUUACACAUUGGUGGCAUUUGCUUGGCUUGGUGUGGUGCCCCUCACUGCUUGUCGAAUUUAUAGAUGUUUGUUCACGGGCUCUGUGAGUUCCUUACUAACCCUUCCUUUGGAUAUGUUAUCAACAGAAAAUAUAGUGUCCGAUUGUUUCCAAGGCUGUUUUGUUGUUACUUGUACCCUGUGUGCUUUCAUCAGUUUAGUAUGGUUACGUGAACAGAUUUUGCAUGGUGGUGGUCCUGAUUGGUUGGAACAUGAAGAUGAAGCAAAUAACCAAGGACGGAAUUUCUUUGAUGGAGGUGUCAUGAUGAAUAACUUGAUGGGUAUGGCACCAUUAGGUCGAGGAGCUGCAGGGAAUGCUAAUGCUGAAGGCAAUGGAGGAGCAGCUGCUGCUGCUGGUGAAGGUGGCAAUUUGAAUGAAGAAGGAGUUGCAGGAGCACCUGAGGUGGAAGUAUUUGAUGUUGCUGCAAUGGGAGCCAACAACGGUGCGCAAGAUGACAACAAUUGGAACCCUAUAGAAUGGGACAGAGCUGCUGAAGAACUAACCUGGGAAAGGUUACUUGGUCUGGAUGGAUCAUUGGUUUUUUUGGAGCAUGUUUUCUGGGUUGUCUCCCUUAACACACUCUUUAUUCUCGUGUUUGCUUUUUGUCCUUAUCACAUUGGCCAUUUCACACUGGUUGGACUUAAGAUUGAUGAUUUGGUGACUACAGUUGUUCCUCAAGACAAAGAAAAACAAAAGCUCAAGGUGGUUGCGUCCCAUUUUGAAGGAUUACUCACAGCCCUCACUGGCUAUAUUGUAUUUGCUCUCGCUUUAGUUUCUAUAUAUCUUCUUUUUGUUUUGGUAAUAUUUGGUAGUACUGUGCUACUAAUGCUUUGGUUACCAGUUCGUGUCAUCCGAAGACUGAUGCCUACCUUCUUACCAUAUAAUGCUGUCUUGAACAAUGAUGCUGUUAUGAGUGAAUUGUCUUUGGAAUUGCUUCUGCUUCAAGUUGUGUUACCUGCCUUACUUGAACAGGGUCACAUCCGGGCAUGGUUGAAGAGUGUGGUUCGAGGAUGGACAAUUGGAAUGGCCUGGGUACUUGACCUUAGGUCAUACCUCAUUGGUGACAUUCCACUAUCAGAUCAGGAUAAUAUAAUUCAGGGGGAUCAACCACCAGUUGUUCCUGUUCCCAAUGCAGCCCCUGCCGCAGCUGCCCCUCCAGCUGCAGCUCCAGCUCCGGCCCCACAGGCUCAAGCAGGACUUGGAGCAGCACAUCAAGCGAUGCUGCAAGGCGGAGGACCCACUGGAUUCCAAGCAUACAAAAGACCAUCUUUUUUUACGAUACGAGUGUUUCUCCUUGUUGUUUUUAUGUGUGUCACAUUAUUUACUGCCAGUCUGGUGUCUUUAGUUGUACCAGUUUUUAUUGGUCGCAAGCUGAUGGGUCUGUGGAUGGGUGAAGCGAAAAUUCAUGAGCUUUACACUGCUGCUUGUGGCCUUUACAUUUGUUGGUUGCUACUGAGGAUAGGCACUGUACUCUACAAUUGGAUUCCUCAGGGAACUGCUGUCAUCAUGAAGAAGCUUAAGGAAUGGGCCAUUUUGUGGCAUAAUUGGAAUUCUGUCUUUGGGACUUUUCAAGAUAGAACUAUCAAAUUUUAUCAGGCUUUGGAGUCUUUAACAAUUGCUACUUUCUUAUUGGGAGUGAUUCCAUUGCUGUUGGGAAUGCUGUUUGAACUUGUCAUUGUGGUGCCUCUUCGGGUUCCUGUUGACCAAACACCUCUCUACUUUCCAUGGCAGGUAUACAAUCCUCAUGGAAAAAGCGGAUCUCUCUCUCUCUCUCUCUCUGGUUUCUCUCUUUUGUGUCACUCUUUUUUUUUCUCUCUACCCCACUCUUUUUUAAACCCUCUUUCAUUUUUGCCCUUCCUCUCUUUUUUCUUUACCUUUCCCACCUCUCCUCUUUCUUUUCCCCACCUCUCCUCUUUCUUUUCCCCACCUCUCCUCUUUCUUUUCCCCACCUCUCCUCUUUCUUUUCCCCACCUCUCCUCUUUCUUUUCCCCACCUCUCCUCUUUCUUUUCCCCACCUCUCCUCUUUCUUUUCCCCAUACCUUUUUUUGCAUCUAA